AUGCUAUUUAUUCUUCAUUUCUUUAUUACAGAUAUAUCAAAACAAUUAGAACAACUACAAAAAUCCAUUUUACGUAUGACAUAUAAACGUGAUUCGUUUGUUGUUUAUCAUGGUCAAGCAAUGAGUAGAGAUGAAAUCGAAUUGAUGAAAGAAAGUGUAGGAAAAUAUAUUUCGAUGAAUUCAUUUUUCUCUACAACUCAACAAUUCCCAAUAGCUACUCAGUUUUUAUUGGAUGCUAACAUUUCUCAAAAUAUGCAACGAAUACUUUUCGAAAUCAACAUUAAUCCACGUGAAAAAACAAAGGCUUAUGCCGAUAUAAAUGAAAUCAGUUAUUUUAAAACUGAAUCAGAAGUAUUGAUUAUGCUUGGUGCUCUCUUUCACAUUGAUAGUAUUGACGAAAAUCCAGAUGAUAAUAUUUCGAUUGCUCAUCUAACAUUAGCCAGUGAUGAUGAUUAUCAAUUAAAAGAAACUCUUGUAUAUAUGAAAGAAAAGAUUGGACAAGAAACAGAUCUCGGAACACUUGCUGAAAUUCUUAUUCAGAUGGGAGAAUAUGAUCAAGCAUUGAAGUAUUCCAACCGAAUUAUGCACGAAUCUCAAAUGAAUACUGCCAAAGCAUAUGAAAUUGAAGCUAAAGCUUUAUGUUUAAAAGGUAAUUGUAAAACAGCACUUGAUCGAUCAUCACAUAUAAUGAUUACCUACGAUAAAAUUUUGCCAUUAAUUUGUGCAGAAAAAGGUCAAUUGUAUUGUGCCAUCAGUACUAUAUAUUAUCAACACGUAGGUAAAGUUAGCAAAAGAUUCGAGUAA